AAAUAGAAUACAAAAAAGAAAUAACUGCCUAUAAUAUAUACCAAUAUGAAUCUUUAAACUAUUGGAAUAAUACAGAAAACUAUGUACAAAGUAGAUAUUAUCAAGCUCAAGAUUGUACAACACUAAAAGAAGCAAUCUGA